AUGGAGGAGCCAGUGUCUGGUGACGUGAGCACAGCCCUUCCCUCCUUCCCAUCCCAGGCCAGCCUUGCUGAAGAUUCGCGCUGCAUACAACGCGUCAUCGCUGAGGAUCCUGAGUGGUCCCUUGCCAUUGUCCCGCAGCUCACUGAGCUCUGCCUCCAGCACAUCAUUCACAAUUUUGAAAAAAACCCUGUUAUAGACCGUCUUCUGCCUGAGCACCAAAGGAAGGUGCUGGACAAGCUCUCCACUGGCCUUCCACUCACUGUGACUGCCAACCUAAUACACGAUGAGGACUACUGGAAGAGGUGCUGCACUCAGCGCUGGAAAGUAUGCGUCGUCUCCAACUAUGGAAACAGCUGGAAGCGGAUGUUCUUUGAACGUCAUCUGGAGAAUAUCCUAAAAUGUUUCAUCCCUAAUGUCACAGACCCCAAUCAGGUCCUAGAGCUCAUACCGCUCUGCAGAGAGUAUGUGUGGAGACUGGAGAUUGAUCAGUUCCUGCCACCAGUGAUGCUGGAUCAAAAGGAGGAGGAAGAGGAUUUUGAUGAUUCAGGGAGUGAUUUUGAGCUCAAUGAAGUCUCCGUGCAUCACUAUGACUUGGGACCCCUCAUUACUGCUCUCCCUCAUCUUGAAGAGCUUAAUCUUACUUACGGUGUGAAGGACUGUGGUAUGAACUUUGAGUGGAACCUCUUUAACUUCACCUACCAGGACUGUUCCAACCUGGCUGUCGCCUUGAAGAAGUGCCGCAACUUGAAACUUUUCAAGCUGACACGCAGUAAAGUGGAUGAUGACAGGGCCAGGCUGCUCAUCCGGAACUUGCUGGAUCACCCCUCUUUGAUGGAGCUGAACUUGUCCCACAAUCUCAUCGGGGACAAGGGGGCACGUGCUGUUGGCAAGUUGAUCAACCACAGCAAAUUAGAAAUCCUUGAUCUGUGUAACAACCAGAUCCGUCACCCGGGGGCUCAGGCUAUAGCUCAAGCCCUGGCCAAUAACUCCACCCUGACCUCCCUGAAUCUACGUCUCAACUGCGUGGAGGAUGAAGGCGGGCAGGCAAUUGGCCGUGCCCUGCUGACCAACACCACUCUGAAGUCUAUCCAUCUAGGAAGCAAUGAGCUGUCAGAGCCAACCGCUACGCUUUUCUGCCAAGUCCUUGCUCAGAACAGCACACUGACCAGCAUCAAUUUCUCAUGCAACCACAUAGGGCUGGAUGGUGGCAAGCAGCUGCUUGAAGGGCUCAUGGAUAACAAGAUCUUGACUGAAUUUGAUCUCCGCCUGGCUGAGGUGGGCCAGGAGAGUGAGUAUCUCAUCAACCAAAUUUUGUGGGCCAACCAGGAGAGAGCCCGGCUGAAAUCUCUGCAGUAUCCAUCAGUCAAACCCUUCUGA